GAAAUAUUGAAAUAGUGAAAAUAUAACGAAUAAUUCACAGAAAUGUGACAAAAAGUGAAAGAUCGAAAGAAAAGACAAAAUGACAGUAAACCAGAAGUUUCCUAGUUUUUUACAAAUUGCAUUUUUAAUCUUACUCUCAUCUAAAUUGACAAGUUCUGCUCUACCUCCUGUCAUAAAAAUAGCUGCACUGUUUGAUGAGACUCAUGGUAAAUCUCAAGAGCUGGCGUUCCAUCGAGCGGUCAAAAUGGUCAACGACGACCGAACAAUCCUCACCAGAUCCCUGGUAUCCCCGGAUAUAGGUAACUAUCCCUGGGAUGAUAGUUUUAAAGCCAGCAAGAAGCUGUGUGAGCUAAUUAUGCCAGGAGUAGCAGCAAUAUUUGGUCCUACUUCUCCCACAGCAUCUAAUCAUGUUCAGUCUGUAUCUGAUGCUUUACACCUACCCUUCCUGGAGACAAGAUGGGAUUAUGAUUUUCAAAGAUCUCCUUUUAGCAUAAAUGUGCAUCCUCAUCCUUCUAUGCUGGGAAAAGCAUACGCUGAUUUUGUACACAUUGUUGAUUGGAAAUCAUUUGUAAUCCUAUAUGAAUCUGAGGAAGGACUGGUUCGGCUCCAGGAGCUGAUUAAACUACCCAAAACCUUCUCCGAUAUCAGGGUUACUCUCCGACAGCUUCCCCAUGGAACUACGGACUACAGACCCCUGCUCAAGGAGAUAAAGAAGUCCGAGGAAACUAAAAUAGUUCUAGACUGUUCCUUUGACAAUCUAGAGAGAAUACUUAGUCAAGCUAACGAGCUCCACCUGUUGACAGAUUACCACAGCUACCUUGUCACCAGUCUUGACGUAGACAAGAUAAACCUCUCUCCAUAUACAAACCAGAACGUUAAUAUUUCAGGGUUUAGUUUGACUGCGUCUGGAACGCGCGCAAUAGAGAGUUACCUGAAGGAGUUCCCCAACACAGGACGCGGCAAAGAACACAUGCUCUUCUCGGAGAACGCGCUUGUUUACGACGCCGUGUGGACCUUCGCUAAGGCGCUGAACGACCUAGACUCCCUGCAGUCUAUCCAGCUGGAGCCCUUGUCCUGCGAGCAGCCUGGUCCCUGGGCAGACGGAGAGAAGGUUCUCAGCUAUCUGAAGGAGGUGGAUCAUCUCGGACUAACAGGGGAAAUCAAGUUUGACGCGGACGGAUACAGAACUGAUUUUCAGCUGGAACUUAUGGAGAAAAUGAGAUCUCGGACAAAGAAGACCGGUAUCUGGACUGCUCAGGGUGGUGUAAACUACACGCUGACCGCUACAGAGAUAGAAGGACAAAUGGUUGAAAAGCUUCAGAACAAAACCCUUAAGAUCACAACUGCACUGACCGAGCCAUUUGUAAUCGAGCGAAUAUUCGACUACCCAGUCUCUCCGGAGGCCAAGGAGAGAAUGUCCUUCGAGGAGAGGUUCGAGGGAUUCUGUGUAGACCUCAUAAAGGAAUUAUCCAAAGAAGUGAAGUUUAAAUAUAAGUUUCAACUUGAACCCUCCGGAUCCUACGGUUCAUUCAAGAACGGUAAAUGGACUGGUAUGAUUGCUGAGCUCAGGUCCCAGCAGGCCGAUAUGGCAGCUAUAGAUAUGUCAAUUACAUCAAUACGACAGAGAGCUGUAGACUUUACCAUGCCCUUCAUGAAUACAGGUGUUGGCAUCCUAUAUAAGAAGAAGAAACCUCCUGCUCCGAACCUAUUCUCCUUCUUAUCUCCUCUAUCCCUGGAUGUAUGGAUCUACAUGACUACAGCCUAUCUAGGGGUCUCAAUACUCAUGUUCUUACUGGCCAGACUGACUCCUUAUGAGUGGGAGAACCCUCAUCCAUGUGUGGAUGAACCUGACGAACUAGAGAACGUGCUCACCCUGCAUAACUGUUUCUGGCAUAAUUGGGGCAGUCUCAUGCAGCAAGGGUCGGAUAUAGCUCCUAAGGCAAUAUCAACGAGAAUGGUUGCUGGUAUGUGGUGGUUCUUCACACUUAUCAUGAUAUCCUCCUAUACUGCUAAUCUGGCAGCUUUCUUGACAGCUGCGAAGAUGGAUUCUCCGAUUAACUCUGCAGAAGACCUUGCUAAACAAACCAAAAUCAAGUACGGAACAUAUUGCUGCGGAUCCACCAACGCAUUUUUCCAGGGCUCCACCAUCCCUACUUACCAGAAGAUUAAUGCGUACAUGGAGUCAACCAAACCCAGUGUAUACACUACAGGAAACUCUCAAGGACUGGACAGAGUAUUGAAAGAGGACGGUAUGUAUGCUUUCUUUAUGGAGGCAGCCGCCAUAGAAUACCACGUGGAGCGGAAAUGUGAUCUGAAACAGCUUGGCGGAUUACUAGACAGCAAAGGAUAUGGAAUUGCUUUGCCAAAAGAUUCCCCGUACACUGCUGCAAUGUCUGCGGGGGUGCUGCGGCUUCAAGAAUCUGGAAAACUUCAAGAAUUGAAAAUAAAAUGGUGGAAAAAUGAACGCGGCGGAGGUUCAUGCUCGGGUGACGCGGCCGGUAAUUCGGCACAGUUGGAUCUUGCCAGUCUUGGUGGUGUUUUCAUUGUAUUAAUAGGUGGUAUGGUUGUAUCUAUAAUUAUAGCAAUAUUUGAGUUCACAUGGAAGCAGAGAAAACUGGCAGUGGAUGAAAACGAAUCUGUAUGGGCUGAAAUGUGGGAGGAGCUAAAGUUUGCGGUCAACUUCAGAGCCGGGGACACUAAACCAAUCAAACGAGAAUCCAGCAGAGCAGCGUCGAAGUCUCUUCUUUCUAAAUCCAAAGCGGAGUCACUCAACAAAUACGGAGUUAUAGGAGACGAGGCGAAAAGUAUAAAGAGUCGAGGGAGCAGGAAGGAUUCUAAUUAUGCAUGCUUCAACGAUAAUUAUUGAGAGAAAGAAUAAACUAUAUUUGUUUUCUUCAGAUUUUUAAAUUUGUAAAAUUCUCUCGUUCUUAUUUUAAAUCUGGUUCCUUGCAUUCAUCUCAUCUUUUACAUAAUUCCAGUAUCUUAAUUUUCUUCUUCUGAAUUUAUGUAUUCUACUUGCUCCUUUUCAAUUUGUAAGUGCCUAAUUUUCCUUAAUUUUUUGCGUAAAUUGUAAAGUAAUGGACUUGUUUUUAAUGUGUCCAAGGAGUCCAAGAGAGAAAUUGUUAUACCUAGUUAAAUAGUUACCAAACCCUUUUACGAUCAAAUAAAUAUUUGAAAAUAA